AUGAACAAACAACUUGGUACAUUUCAUCUGACUAUCGAGCCUGGGGCGUUUACCGAUUCUGAGAUCGUUGUCAUGCUUGGUGAAAACGGCACCGGCAAGACAACGUUUAUUCGUAUGCUUGCUGGAAAUAUACAGCCUGAUGAUGGUAUUAAAUGUCCCGCUUUAAACAUUUCUUACAAACCCCAAAAGAUUAGUCCUAAGUCAGAAAAAACAGUUCGUUGUUUGCUAAUGGACAAAAUUCGGGACUCUUUUAUGCAUCCUCAGUUUAACUCAGAUGUCCUCAAGCCUCUUCAAAUGGAGCGUCUAUACGAUCAACAGGUCCUGAACCUCUCCGGUGGUGAAUUACAAAGAUUGGCGAUCACUCUAUGUCUAGGCCAGCCCGCCGAUGUUUAUCUUAUUGAUGAACCUUCUGCCUACCUAGAUUCUGAACAGCGUCUGCAUGCUGCCAAAGUGAUCAAGCGCUUCAUUUUGCAUGUAAAAAAGACGGCCUUUGUCGUGGAACACGACUUCAUCAUGGCCACCUACCUGGCUGAUAGAGUUAUUGUAUUUGAAGGGGAACCUGGCUAUAAUUCUGUUGCCAACAGGCAAGUUAAUUUUCUUAGCCUAUUAUUUUUUAAGCCAGUCAUUUCUAUUUUUUACAUUCAAAGUUUGAAAAUUAGUGUCCCCGAGCUUAUUGAAUCUCUCCCAAAGUAA